CAUUUCAGGAAAAGAGGUAUCGUUGAGAGAGCGAGGGAUAGAUGUAGCACACUUAACGGUUGAGGUUCUUCACUGCAUUCUGCAAACUUGUUUCAGGGGAUCUCUUUUAGCUCUGCAGGGGAGGCGAGUGUGAAGAUGCUGCCUUUGUGUUGAACACAAAACAGUCGCGAGUUUUCCAGAGACGUCUCAGUCAUUUAACGGUUUUAUUUGAUCUCCUGCACCCGGUUUAACGGGAGCCAGGGGGGAAUCACUCGAGGACUGGCAUGUGGGUCAAUUCUGGAAGCGUCGGAAGGGCCCUCUCCAUGGAUAUAGACACAGAUUAUGAGCGACCUAAUGUGGAGACCAUAAAGUGUGUGGUGGUGGGUGAUAACGCGGUGGGCAAGACCCGACUGAUCUGUGCCCGUGCCUGCAAUACCACCCUUACUCAGUACCAGCUGCUUGCCACCCACGUGCCAACUGUCUGGGCCAUCGACCAAUACCGUGUGUGCCAGGAGGUGCUGGAGAGGUCACGAGAUGUGGUGGACGAGGUCAGUGUUUCCCUCAGGCUGUGGGACACAUUUGGAGAUCAUCACAAAGAUAGACGCUUCGCUUAUGGCAGAUCAGAUGUGGUAGUGCUGUGCUUCUCUUUGGCCAAUCCGAACUCCCUGCGCCAUGUUCGUACCAUGUGGUUCCCUGAGAUCAAGCACUUCUGCCCCCGCACCCCGAUCAUCCUGGUGGGCUGCCAGCUGGACCUGCGCUAUGCUGAUCUGGACGCUGUUAACAGGGCUCGCCGGCCUCUGGCCAAACCCAUCAAGCCCACAGACAUUCUUCCCCCAGAACGAGGCCAUGAGGUCGCUAAGGAACUUGGCAUUCCAUACUAUGAAACAAGCAUUGUCGCUCAGUUCGGUGUAAAGGAUGUGUUUGACAAUGCUAUCCGUGCUGCGCUCAUCUCUCGACGCCACCUUCAGUUCUGGAAGUCCCAUCUAAAGAAGGUUCAGCGUCCCCUCCUCCAGGCCCCCUUUCUUCCUCCCAGACCACCACGACCUGUGGUGGGCAUCCCUGAUCCUCCUUCCAUUGAUGGAGAAGGUCCAGACUCUCUUUUCUGCCAACCGUUGUGUGCAGACGUCCUGUUUCUCCUCCAGGCCGGGGCCACUCAUGUCUUUGCCCAUAAGGUGUACCUGGCCACUUCCUGCUCAAAGUUCUAUGACCUUUUCACUAUGGAUCUUGGAGAGGCAGGGAUGGAGCAGGAGGGCGAGGAGAGCUCAGAGGGAAGCGAGGAAGAGGAACAAAGCCGAAGAGGAGCCAAAGAGCAGGCUGGGCGUACCAAGAGCCUGGACAUUGAUAAGGAGGGUGAAGGAGGCACUAGGGGUUCAGAUAGGCUGCUCAUGUUACAGCAAGGCUCACUGAGGACUUCACAGAGCGAUAACGCUCUGCCUGCCAGGGGCCAGCCCUCUAUAGGACCCCUGGGAGCAGGCCGUGCUCUUUUGGGAUGGGGGCGUGGUUUCUUGGGGGUAUACCUAGAGAUGGUGGAUGACCCUGUGACAGGUCGGCCGAGACUCAUGACAGUAGUGUCAAUGGAUGAUCUUAUUCAGAAAGGGCCUUUCCAGGCAGUGCUGCAGUACCUUUAUACGGGUCACCUGGAUGAGACACGUGGGGAUCUGAUGCAGGUGGCCACCAUCGCCGAGCUUCUGGAGGUCUUCGACCUUCGUAUGAUGGUGGCCAACGUCCUGAACCGUGAGAGCUUCAUGAACCAAGAGAUCACCAAAGCCUUCCAUGUGCGUCGUGCCAACCGCAUCAAAGAGUGCCUGAGCAAGGGCACCUUUGCUGAUGUGGUGUUUCGAUUGGACGACGGAUAUCUACCAGCCCACAAGCCACUGCUCAUCUCAAGCUGUGAUUGGAUGGCAGCCAUGUUUCGUGGAUCCUUCAUGGAGAGUUACAUUGAGGAGGUCUCUAUCCCCAACACCAGUUGUGCCUGCAUGAGAGCCGUUCUGGAGUUUCUGUACUGUGGUGUGUUAACACCUUGUCCUGAACUAGAGCCAAUGGACCUUAUAAUACUAGCCAACCGCCUCUGUCUUCCCCGCCUUGUAGCUCUAACAGAGCAACAUGCCGUUGAGGAGCUGUUGCAGUUGUCCGUUAAAGGGGUGGACAUUGAUGGCCAUGUGCUGGCCUAUCUGGAGAUGGCUCAGUUCCACAAUGCCAAACAGCUCUCUGCCUGGUGUCUGCAUCACAUCUGCACCAACUACAAUAGCGUUUGUCGAAAAUUCCCUAAAGAUAUGAAGAUUAUGUCUCCUGAAAACCAGAAACACUUUGAGAAGCAUCGCUGGCCCCCUGUCUGGUUCCUGAAGGAGGAAGACCGCUACCUCCGGUCUCAAAAAGAGCGAGAGCGCGAGGAGGAGAUCUUACGCAAGCAGCACACCAAACGUGGCUGGUGCUUCUGGAGACAUCCAUCCUCCUCAGCACCCCACAUUUCCUGAAGGUCUGCCUCCAUCCAUCCAUUCAAACCCCCUGUACCCCUCUCCCUCAUCUCAGUCCAGAGGCAUGUAACCAAGCCUGGGGAGCCCUGUUUCUGUGCAUCCAUCCCGACUGCUGGAAGUGUGUCUGGGUCUUCUUUGCCUCUGAGCUUUAACCUUCCCUCCCGCGUUGGGCCUUAGCGGGCUGCCCGCCAUGAGAGCUCAAAGCAUAUGUGUCAUUAAAUGGGAGACGGCUCGGAGAAAGUCUCAAAUCUUUCUCACUCUCAAUGUUGCAUGUUCAACUGUGCGAAUGCAACAGGUCUCGCCGCAGGAUGACAUAGGGAACGCCAUCAUUGCAGUGGCCUGCUUUCGCCUCUUAAGACUGUUAUUAUUAUACAAGACCACACACACACUCACACCAGCACCCCGUCUGAGCGCUGGCGCCCAGGCACACAGAUGCUGCAUGGUGCUGCUGUGUUGAGCUUUUCUCUGUGAGACCUAUUUCUGGGAAAACCGUCAUGUUCAAUGCCUACAAGCUGAAACAUAGCUUAGCUUUAAAUACAACUAGCAACUAAAAUGGUGGCAGGGAUAUAUAUAUAUAUAUAUAUAUAUAUAUAUAUAUAAAUUUAAAUAAAGGGGUUAUUGCCCUUGCCUGCAUUCUCACUAAAAACAAUUCUCCAUUUUGGAUCUUCUAUUGCCCCAUAUUGGCUCUGAAUACCAAUUGUGUUGCCUACUGAAGAACUGUUUUUCAGAUUGCUUGUCCUGUUACUAAAAUUUGCUCAUGUGGUAGAACAGAAGGGGUGUGUAGUUCAGGUCUGUCACUCACUAAAAAACUCCAGGCCAGCACCAAAGACAGACAUACACACAGACAACUCAUUCAAACACAAACGCCUUACCAAAAUCUGCAGAAACAAAAACUUGACAGCAAGUAAAAAUUAGGGCUAUUUUACCACUGCCAGGAGAGUAUUAACAGUCACAGCUGUUAUAUGACGUUCUGUAGAUUGAGCUUUGUGAUAUGACCACUAGCAAGCUCCUCCACUUGCUUGCCUUUCACCUCCACCACUGGGGGAUGCCCAUGCCUUCUGAGUUUACCCUGCUUUCGAAAGUAUUAGCUACUCAUUUGUUUGUCAAUCCUGUUUCGGAUCUUCACAUCCUUGUGAAAUGCACUCGUUUUUGUAGCACUACUUCAAUCUUAGCUAUUGGCGAACCAAAAAGUAGGUUGCAAUGUUUGGUAUUCCUUCGCCACUCCCCUCUGUUACUCCUCUGCUCCUCUACCUCUGCAGUUAGCCAAACUGAGGCAGAAACUAUCGAUCCACUUCCUGUAGUGUUUGAUACGUUGCAAUGUGAUGCUUCACUUUGCACUUUACAUACGCAGAUACAAUCGGUGCUCAGGAUUAACCUGCUAAAUGUCACAGCGUUCAACCAUUCACCCAUUAUAUCUUUAAGGGGCGGUUACACUAGACGUUGAGCAACAGUUGUGAUGUGAUGUCAUGCUAUGUGGUGUCUUUAAAAAAAAAAAAAA